AUGGGUUUACGACCGGCACAGGCCGCCCGCUUGUCGCGACUAUUCGUCACCAAAGCAUAUCACACGAACCCCAUUUCUUAUUCGCCAUACAAGGAUUCACAAGACAGAAAAUCGCUGAACCCACGGUCGGCAGAAGCUACCAAAUCCGGUAGAGAUGAUGAUGUUGCCAGUGCCCCAAAAGCCGCGUUUGGCCGGGGGGUAACUUCGCCAGAGGGCGAGCGUGCGACAGCCGCGAAGGAAGAGGGCAGUGAUCCGCUGGAAGUAAGUGGCGCCAACCAGGAACUGAGUAAGCCUCAGGGAGAUGAGAGAUCUGGACACGCGAUGGGUGCAGGCAAGGAGGUCAGGAAAGGGGGGAAGAGCGGUGGCGGCAGUGCGCCAAAGAAUGGUGGUGCGAGCAAAGGGUAUUGA